GCUCAGCAGGGAAAAGACGAGACAAGCAGCAGAGGAAUCGGGGCAGUUUAAAGGGUAGAGGAGGGGAGAAAAAGUUUGUGCCUGCAGCACGGUGAUGGAUUGAGCAGGGGCGGCAGCAGCCGGCGGCGGAGGGAAGGCAGCAGAUCAGCAGCCAGGGAUCGGGGUAGAGCCAAAGAGAGGAGCAGCAGCAGCUGAGAGAAGGCGGCUGGAGCGAGUAGCAGCAGGAGCGGGGGGCGCAACGCCAGGCGCGGGCAGGGAGCGGUGUGGGGGAGCCGAGCCCGGCUCCGGGCUGGGGAGGGAGUAGCUCAGGAGGGGCCGAGGCGGGCGGCUGCGGGGCAGCGGGAGUGGUAAGCGGUAUCAGGGCGUAGCGCCGGGGGCCCGCCGGAGCUCGGGCCGGCGGGGGAGGAUGCGGCUGAAGCUGGGCUUUCUGCUGCGCGCCGUGCUGCUGGCGGGCAGCUUCCUGGGGCUGCUGCUGCUCUGGUCCUCGCUGGCCCCCCGCGCCGAGGAGCCGAGCCCGCAGGGCAGGAUGCGGGAGGACAAAGAAGCUAAGAAUCCCGUGCCAGACAAAGGAAACCAUGGACUAGCUCCAGGAAAUGAGAAAUUCAAACCUGUGGUACCCUGGCCUCAUGUUGAAGGCAUGGAAGUGGACUUAGAAUCUAUUCGAAGAAAAAAUAAGGCCAAAAAUGAACUAGAACAUCAUGUUGGUGAUAACAAUCAGCAGAACAUCAUGCAGAGGCAAUAUCUCACAUUUAAGCCUCAGACAUUUACAUACCAUGAUCCUGUUUUACGACCUGCAAUCCUUGGUAAUUUUGAGCCCAAAGAACCUGAGCCUCAUGGAGUUGCUGGUGGCCCCGGAGAGGAAGGCAAGCCAUAUGUAUUAGGACCAGACUACAAAGAAUCCAUUCAAGCCAGCAUUAAAGAGUUUGGGUUUAAUAUGGUGGCAAGUGAUAUGAUCUCACUAGAUCGGAGCAUUAAUGACUUGCGUCAAGAAGAGUGCAAGUAUUGGCAUUAUGAUGAGAACCUGCUCACCUCCAGUGUUGUCAUUGUCUUCCAUAAUGAAGGAUGGUCCACACUCAUGAGGACAGUUCACAGUGUAAUAAAAAGGACACCAAGGAAAUAUUUGGCAGAAAUUGUGAUGAUUGAUGAUUUCAGUAACAAAGCGCACUUAAAAGAAAGACUAGACGAGUACAUUAAGCAGUGGAAUGGCCUUGUAAAGGUAUUUCGAAAUGAGAGGAGAGAAGGUUUAAUUCAAGCUAGAAGCAUUGGAGCUCAGAAGGCUAAACUUGGACAGGUUUUGAUUUACCUUGAUGCCCAUUGUGAGGUGGCAGUUAACUGGUAUGCACCACUUGUAGCUCCUAUAUCUAAGGACAGAACUACAUGUACUGUGCCUCUAAUAGAUUACAUAGAUGGGAAUGAUUAUUCCAUUGAGCCGCAGCAAGGUGGGGAUGAAGAUGGUUUUGCCAGAGGGGCCUGGGACUGGAGUUUGCUGUGGAAACGAAUUCCAUUAAGCCACAAGGAAAAGACCAAAAGAAAGCAUAAAACUGAGCCUUAUCGGUCCCCUGCAAUGGCCGGUGGAUUAUUUGCCAUUGAACGUGAUUUCUUCUUUGAACUGGGUCUCUAUGACCCAGGUCUUCAAAUCUGGGGUGGUGAAAACUUUGAAAUUUCUUACAAGAUCUGGCAAUGUGGAGGGAAGCUCUUGUUUGUUCCAUGUUCUCGUGUUGGACACAUCUACCGUCUCCAGGGUUGGCAAGGAAAUCCACCCCCAGUGUACGUUGGGUCCUCUCCUACUCUGAAGAACUAUGUCAGAGUGGUGGAAGUUUGGUGGGAUGAGUACAAAGAUUACUUCUAUGCCAGUCGUCCAGAGACAAAAGCACUACCAUAUGGGGAUAUAUCUGAGCUGAAAAAGUUCCGUGAAGAUCACAACUGCAAAAGUUUUAAAUGGUUUAUGGAAGAAAUAGCCUAUGAUAUAACCUCACACUAUCCCUUACCAUCUAAAAAUGUGGACUGGGGAGAGAUCAGAGGCUUUGAAACUGCUUACUGCAUAGAUAGCAUGGGGCACACCAAUGGCGGCUUUGUAGAACUUGGACCAUGCCACAGAAUGGGAGGUAAUCAGCUUUUUCGAAUAAAUGAAGCUAAUCAACUCAUGCAGUAUGACCAGUGUUUGACUAAAGGACCUGAUGGAUCAAAAGUUAUGAUUACGCACUGUAAUCUAAAUGAAUACAAGGAAUGGCAAUACUUCAAGAAUCUACAUAGAUUUACCCACAUUCCUUCAGGGAAGUGCUUAGAUCGCUCAGAGGUCUUACACCAAGUCUUUAUCACUGAAUGUGACUCCAGUAAAGCAACACAAAAAUGGGAAAUGAACAACAUUCUUAGUGUUUAGACAAAACAAACAAAAACCUGGCCUACUGAAACAUUAAUUUGUACAGGACUGAAAAUAACCUGAAAACUGCUGCAACUAUUAACUUUGUACAGCUGCAAGCUUGAAAUCUCCCGACUUGGAUGAAGGACAUAGAUGAACUGUGAUAUUACAAUAACAUUAUCAUCUGCAGUUAAUGUUUACAAAACUGCUUUUACCUUAAACUUUGUAGAUGUUUACAUCUUUUUGUUUUAAGAUGUUGGGGGUUUAUGUGCUCUUAGCUAUGUUUUAUAGGAACAAAGUUAAAGGCACUGUGGUCUUCUUUGGGAUUUCACUCAGGGGUCUGAAGGCAGUUUUUUUACACACACUUGAAAAGGUUGGAGUAACCAGACUUUCAUAUAAUGUGGUGAUUAUCAACCUGUUGUAUCUUUUUAUUUUAUUUUACAUCCUACCAAGCACUGCCACGGGUUAUUAGCCAGAGUGGCCUUCUUUCACAGUCAUGCUGCUUUUUUGGAAAGGUAGAUUUCAACAUUAGUGCCUCUUUCAUUUCUCUAUAUAUUUUACAAGAAAAACAUUUGAUGGAAUGUAUAGUAUGGAUAUGUUGAUGCGUCAUAUUGAUAAGGAUUAAUUGUACCACCCACGUAAUUACCGAAGACAAGUUUGUGUUGCCAAUGUGACUUCUGUAUUUACUACAUAUUGCUAAGGCAAAUAAAGGUACAGACCACACCAGAAAUGCUGUAGGGGGUCCCAAAAAUAUUGCAAAAUGUCCCUUUUGCAGCUAGGUGCUGUAAAUUCAUUGGAACUUUAAGUGAGCUGAACCAGGUAUGCUGAGUAGCACUUGGAUGCAGCUGGUAUAUUAGGCUUUUUCUACACUAGCACUUUUGUUGGUCUGGUGAGUAAAAAAAAUCCCACCCCUGCUGACAUAAAUUUCACCAACAAAAGCGCCAGUGUAGACAGCACUGUCA